AUGGAUGCUCUAGGGACGUUUAAGACGGUCGAAGUGCUGCAAGGAGCGUUUAGAAUUAUUGCAGCGUUGCAUCUCACACAAUACUUGUGGCCACAUCAAGCUAAUGUGCAUGAUGGACAAAGCUUCGACUUCAUUGUGGUUGGUGCGGGAACAGCGGGCGCAUUGAUCGCCAACCGAUUGUCUGAAAUCAAACAUGUCAACGUGCUGCUUAUCGAGGCUGGUGGCGAUCCGCCUUUUGAGUCUGAUCUUCCUGGUUUACCCCUCCUCUUGAAGAGAUCUCGCUACGACUGGAACUACACGGCAGAAUACGACGGUUAUAAGGACGUAUGCCAUCUCAAGUCUUACUAUGAGUUCACUCUUGGCAAAAUGCUCGGAGGAACCAGCUCCCUCAAUUACAUGAUCUACCAUAAAGGACAGCCUCGCGACUUCGAUUCCUGGGCCGAAAUAGUAGAAGAUGAGUCCUGGAAGUGGAAAAAUGUCUUACCAUACUUCCUCAAGACUAUAAAACUAGAGGAUCCUGAAAUACUUGCGUCAACUGAUAGGCAAUACUAUGGAACUGAUGGUAAUAUUGGAGUUACAAGGGACAGUAGACCAGAAAUUAGCAAAUUCUUAGAUGCAUACCGGGAACUGGGAAAUGAUAUUGUUUUGGAUUUCAACGACCGUCACCCCUUAGGUUAUGCAGCACAGACUGUUACUAUAUCUGGAAGAUCACGACAGAGUUCAGCCUAUGGAUUCUUGUCUCAAGUUAAGGACCGCCAUAACCUUCAUGUUCUGAAGAAAACUUUGGUUACGAAAGUCAUAUUCAAUGAAAACAAAAGAGCUAUAGGAGUAGAAGUUCUCACAGAAGACGGUAAAAAGCUGACUCUUAAGGCUAAGAAAGAAGUAAUUGUAUCUGCUGGAACAUUUAAUACACCUAAACUGCUGAUGUUAUCUGGUGUGGGACCUAAAGAACAUUUGAAGAGUAAAAAUAUUGAAGUUGUAUCCAAUUUGCCUGUAGGAGAAAAUCUGCAAGAGCACGUUUGUGUAGUCCUCAUACAUAAUCUGGACAAACUUAAGGAGCCUUUCCCACAGCCAAGCCCAUACGAAUUACCUGGAUCCUCAUUCACAGGAUUUGUGGCCCUUAACAAAUCUUCUGACUAUCCUGAUUACCAAGUAAUAACCUAUCUAGGUUCAGCAGAGAUCAUGUUGUUUUAUUGCACUUUCGCUUUUAGAUUUAGUGAUGAAAUCUGUAACAACAUGUACAAACAGGGUGUGAACAGACUACAAGCCUUCAACGAAAUCUUAAACAUAAAUCCAAAAUCUAGAGGUAAAGUUUUACUACGGAGUACCGAUCCUGAAGAUCCACCUCUUGUUUUCAACGGCUUUUUCUCAAACAAGGAAGACGUUGAGAAUCUCAUUGAUUACAUUUUCGACUAUCUUCCUAUUAUGAAUACGACGUACUACAGAGAGGUUGAUGCUGUCAUGUCCGAUGCUUACCCUGCUUGCAGUGAAUUUGGUAAAGAUACCAGAGAAUAUUGGCGUUGUUACGUAAUGUGUGUGUCUUCAGGUCUCAGUCAUAUGACCAGUACGUGUCCCAUGGGUACUGUUCUUGAUGGUAGGUUGCGAGUGCAUGGUGUCAAAGCCCUCCGAGUCGCUGAUGCCAGUGUGAUGCCUACAAUUACAAGAGGCAAUCCUAUAGGAACCAUUUUUAUGAUUGGAGAAAAAGCUGCUGAUAUGAUCAAGAAGGAUCAUAAUUUGAUUUAAGAAUAGUGAUUAGUAUAAGUGAAUUUUGAUAUAAUGGUAUUAGACUACUAGAUUUAAGAUGAAUCAGUGUUAUUUUUUUAUUAAAGGUAGUUCUUAAUAAA